AUGGCGACGGCGCGCGGCGGCGGUGGCUUCCCGCGCGCGCUGCCGGUGCUGCUGCUGCUGCCGGUGCUGCCCCGAGCCGGCACCGAGCAGGUUGUCCUGCUGGACUCCAAGGAAUCGCAGGCGGAGCUGGGCUGGACCUCGCACCCGUCAAACGGGUGGGAAGAGAUCAGCGGCGUGGAUGAGAAUGACAAACCCAUACGGACCUACCAGGUCUGCAAUGUCAUGGAACCAAACCAGAACAACUGGCUGCAGACAGGCUGGAUCGCCAGGCGUGAUGGGCAGAGGAUCUUCAUCGAGCUGAAGUUCACCCUGAGGGACUGCAACAGCAUUCCUGGCAUGACAGGCACCUGCAAGGAGACCUUCAAUCUCUACUACAUCGAGUCGGACUCUGACCUGGGCCGUAGCGUCCAUGAGAGCAAACACACCAAGAUUGACACCAUUGCUGCUGAUGAGAGCUUCACACAGGGGGACCUGGGCGAGCGUAAGAUGAAGCUGAACACUGAGCUGAGGGAGAUUGGGCACCUGAGCAAGAGAGGCUUCCACCUGGGCUUCCAGGACGUGGGUGCCUGCGUGGCGCUGGUCUCCGUGCGUGUCUAUUACAAGAAGUGCUUGGCCACAGUGCAGAACCUGGCCGUGUUCCCAGACACGGUGGCAGAGGCAGCCUUUGUGACUCUGGUGGAAGUUAAGGGCACUUGCGUGGCUCACGCCGUGGUGGACAUGGAUAAUCCCCCCCGGAUGCACUGCAGUGCAGAGGGAGAGUGGCUGGUUCCCAUCGGGAAGUGCACGUGUGGCCCUGGCUUCGAGGAGAAGGACGGGGGAUGCAGAGCCUGCCUGCCUGGAUUUUACAAGCUCUCCCUCCGUCUCCCUCUCUGCUCUCCUUGCCCUGAGCACAGCUUCACACAUGAAGAAGCCUCCACGUUCUGUUCAUGCCAGAAGAACUACUCCAGGUCCCCAUCAGACCCGCCAUCUGCCUCCUGCACACACUUUCUCUGUUUCAGGCCCACCCUCAGCCCCAGGAACCUGGUCUACAGCCUGCGUCGCUCCUCCCUGGUGCUGGAAUGGAGCGCCCCGGCCGACGCUGGCGGCCGUACAGACCUGACCUACAGCCUGUGGUGCGGGGCGGUGCCCCCCGCCCCGCGGGGACGCUGCCAGCAGUGCUGGCAGGGUGUGGGCUUUGUGCCACAGCAGAGCGGGCUGGUGGGCCGCACCGUCACCCUGGUGAACCUCCUGCCCCACGCCAACUACACCAUCCGCGUGGCUGCCGUCAACGGCGUCUCGGGCCUCUCCCCGCUCUCCGGGCAGGAAUACGCCGAGGUCAACGUCUCCACGGGCCCUGCAGCACCAAACUCCAUCACGGAUAUCCACAUGGAUAAGGUUGAGCAGAAGAGUGUCUCCUUGUCCUGGCAGGAGCCAGGUUUCCCACCAGCAAACAGCACUGAGUAUGAGGUAUCUUUCAUAUUUUUUCAGGAUCAGAGAGAUCAGAGUUACUCAACUGUGAAAACCACAUCAACAGCUGUGACAGUCAAUAACCUGAAGCCUGGCACCCUUUAUAUCUUCCAAAUCCGAACAUCUUCCUCACCUGACUAUGGAAACUACAGCCCCAGCAUUGAAGUGGAGACCCUGGCAGAGUUGCCAGUGGCUUCCAGUGAGCAGAACCCCAUCCUCCUCAUCGCAGUGGUGGCCAUCGCGGGGCUGACGGUCCUGGUGUCCAUGGUGAUUGGGAUGAUGGUCUGGAGGAGGCAGUGUGGGUACAGCAAGGCCAGCCAGGAUGGGGAUGAGGAGCUGUACUUCCACUUUAAAAUCCCAACCAGGAGGACCUACAUCGACCCUGACACUUGUGAAGACCCCAUGCAGGCUGUGCACCUCUUUGCUAAGGAGCUGGAUGAUGCUAAUGUUAAAAUUGAGAGGAUCAUUGGGACAGGGGAGUUUGGAGAGCUCUGCCAGGGCUGCCUGAAGCUGCCCAGCAAACGGGAGCUGCCAGUGGCCAUCCAGACCCUGCGGGCAGGGUGCUCAGAGAAGCAGCAGCGUUCCUUCCUGGCAGAGGCCAGCACCAUGGGGCAGUUUGAUCACCCCAACGUCAUCCGCCUGGAGGGGGUCAUCACCAGAGGGAGCACCAUGAUGAUAGUGAUGGAGUACAUGGGGAAUGGUGUGCUGGACUCUUUCCUCAGGAAGCACGAAGGACAGUUCACAGCCACCCAGCUUGUUUGCAUGUUGCAGGGGAUUGCCUCUGGCAUGAAGUACCUGGCAGAGAUGGGUUACAUCCACAAAAGCCUUGCUGCCCACAAAGUCCUUGUCAGCAGCAGCCUGGCUUGCAAAAUAUCUGGUUUCAGGCGGCCCCAAGAAGAUAAGUUGGAGACCAUCUUCUCCACCAUGCGCAGGAAGAGCCUGGUGCUGUGGUCAGCCCCUGAAGCUAUCCAGUAUCACCAGUUUAGCCCGGCCAGCGACGUCUGGAGCUUUGGCAUCCUCAUGUGGGAAGUCAUGUCCUAUGGAGAGAGACCCUACUGGGACAUGUCCAACCAAGACGUUCUGAAGGCCGUGGAGGACGGGUUCCGCCUGCCCGCCCCGCUGAACUGCCAGCCCCCCCUCCACCAGCUGAUGCUCGACUGCUGGCAGAAGGAGCGCAGCCAGAGACCCAAAUUCUCCCACAUCCACAGCAUCCUCAGCAAGAUGCUGCAGAGUCCCCAACCCCCCCACUGCCCCGGCUCCACCUGCACCAGGUCCCACGGCACCACCAUCCCCCUGGCCCAGAGAACCUUGUCAGCUUUUCCAUCCUUCAGCUCCGUGGGCGAGUGGCUGGAGGCCAUAGAGAUGGGCAGGUACAAAGACAACUUCACUGCCGCUGGCUACUGCUACCUGGAGUCGGUGGCCAGGAUGACAGCCCAAGAUGUCCUCAGCCUGGGGAUCACCGUGGCAGAGCACCAGAAAAUCAUCCUGAGUGGGAUCCAGACCCUCAGGGCCCAGGUGAUCCAGAUGCAUGGCCGAGGGGUGCAGGUGUGAAGCAGCCAAGCCCCAACCUGGAACUCCUGGGAGGAGGCAGCCAGCAGAUCCAGACCCAACCUGAGCUCCUCGAGGUUCUGGGUGGGAUGUGGG